AAAUAUUGGUGAUCAUCGGUACUUCCGGCUCGAUCAUGAUCAUCUGUUGUUUUGAUGACGUGAAACGGUGAAAACGGAAUGGAUUGCUAAAUUGUGUCAUCAUGUCAAAAUCAGGGUUCUUCGGACUUGAAUCCAGGGAAGUUGUAAGAGUUAAAGUUAAGAAAUAUGAGGGCUACAUGCAGCCGGAAUCCAAGAAAUUCUCCCUGGACCCACAGAUUACAUCAUUUGAAAUGCUGCAACACAUUAUCGCUAGUGCUUUCAGUAUUAAAGGGGAUUUCACAAUGAGUUAUCUGGUACAAGAUGAUUACGGUAAGGAGAUCUAUCUGAGCAUGUUGUCGGACUGGGAUAUGGAUGCAGCCAUUCAGAGCGCCUCAGAUCCCUGUCUCCAACUCAAAGUGGACGCCAAACCAUUUGAGGAGGGGCUGGAUGACUGGGACAUCAUAGCUCCAGUGGACGUGCCUCGCUACAAGAUGUCCAGUUUACUAGAGAGAAAUAUUCUGGGCACGCUCACCGGAACCCUCUCCAGCGGGAUGGGCAAAACCCUGACACACGUGCAGAGGGCCAUGGGAAUAAAAGUACCAGAAGAUACGAAGUACAAGGCCGCAAAACCAGCCAUGUCAGACCAUGAAUUCAGAAACUUUCUGGACUCUGCAGGGCAUAUGGUGAAACCAGAGGAGUUCAGAAUCAGUAUUUAUCAAGGAGGAUGUGAGCCAUCAUUACGUCGAGUAGCUUGGAGGCAUCUGCUAAAUAUUUUUCCAAAUGGGUUAUCCGGAAAAGAAAGAUUUGAUUACAUGAAGAGAAAAGAAAAGGAAUAUUUGGAGUUGAGGGACCAGUGGAGAAAAUUCACCAAUGGGGAAUCCAUGUCUGAAGAAAUGAAAUUUGUGACUUCAAUGGUGAAAAAAGAUGUUCUUAGAACUGAUCGUACCCAUAAGUUUUAUUCUGGCUCUGACGAUAGCAAGAACUUAAUCUCGCUGUUCAAUAUACUCGUGACCUAUGCUCUGACACACCCCCAAACCUCUUACUGCCAGGGCAUGAGUGAUAUCGCUUCUCCACUCCUUGUCACGCAGAAAGACGAGGCCCAAGCUUACCUCUGCUUCUGUGCAACAAUGAAAAGACUGAAAAACAAUUUCAAUCUGAAUGGACAGGCCAUCACCACAAAAUUCAAACACCUAUCAGACUUGCUCCAAAUGCAUGAUCCGGAGUUACAUUCCUACUUUCAAGAAAUCAAUGCUGGAGACUUAUUCUUCUGUUACAGAUGGAUAUUACUGGAACUAAAGAGGGAAUUUCCAUUUGAGGAUGCUCUGUAUAUGUUGGAGGUGAUGUGGAGCACCUUGCCCCCAGAUCCACCUCAUGGGGAGAUCGCGAUGACGGAUGAGACUUUCUCCAUAGACAACUUAUCUAGGUCACCUUGUUCACCUUCCUUUGGAAUGAAACAGACUGUUUAUGCAAAGCUGUUUGCCAUGAGGAGAAAUCAUUCAGUAUUGAAAAGUAAUGAAGGUGAAACAGAUGCUGAAAAAGAACUGGCCCAAAACAGUGUAAAUAAUAACUCCAGAAUAGAUUCCAACAAUAUUGAGGAAUCUUGUCCCAUUACCAUUUCCCAAGAAUACCCUGCCAUGAAUGAUGUAGAAAUGCAAAAAAUGGCAGCAAAGAGCUCAUCUAUUGAUGGAUCCCUGAAAAGUCCUUUACAAGAAAUCCAUGAUCUAGAAGAAGAUUUAAACAUACAAAGUUCUUUGGACACAGAAGAAAGAUGUAUCCAGGAUCAGCCGGCAUCUGAUGCCAAAGGAAGACUGACCCUGGAAGGAGACGGUAUUUCAAUGAGAGUGAAUUGGAAAUUCAAAUGUUGCGGUUGGAUAGCCUUUGUAUUAGUUGCUAGUAUCACAUACGAAUUAUGGUACCUCGGCCGAAGAGCAUACCACAACUCGAAAAAUGUGUAUAGAUACCACAAACAGACGUUCGAAAUCAGCGUCAAUGAUGGCACCAUUAAACACUCGCACAGGUUGGAUGUUAAAACUGCCGAAAAAAUAUUUUCCCACGAGGAGGUGACACAGUUUAUUUUACUUAUUUUGAAGAAUGAGACACUCAGCACAGCCUUAAAAAAUGUGUGGGAGAGUUACAGAUCGCAGAAUCAGGACAGUGACAGAGUUACGAACUUUGAGAACAGUGGUGACCUUAUUUUAAAAGAUUUAUUAAAUAAAAGAAAUAAAAACAUCUUUUUGGACGUGAAUGAACAAUAUUUAGAGUUUAAUGUCAUUAACCACACCUGCAGCAGCAUUGAAGACACUCUCAGGGGGAAGGGGCGAUGUGUCAUGUCGCUGGAGGGUACAUUGUGUUCCGAGAGAAAAAUACCUCCUCCUCGGAGAGGGAAGAAACCAAAACAAGAAGCACAACUACGUAAAUGGACAAAACACGAGACGGAUGUGUGCGACUACAUGUAUAUGAAUUCCACAAGUUAUGCUGCUCCGCUGCCAUAUCUCAAGAACCCUUGCUAUGAAGAAUGUGACGGCGGGUACAACACAGUAAGAUGUCUUCCAUAUUAUAUGAUUAUCGGCAUGCCUAAAUGUGGGACAACCAGCCUCUAUUUCGAUCUGACCCAUCACAAGGAUGUUGUGCGGGCCAAGAGGAAAGAACCCAUGUAUUUCAACAGAAUGUGCUUUCGGGGUAUGCGUUUUGCUGACUAUACAUCCAAUUUUGAUGAUUUGAGAGCACGUAUUGUUGCGGAAAACAACUAUUCAAGUUUGAUUAGUGGUGAUGGGUCAGUGGACAUUGCCUUUGACAGCAAAGAGUGGAGACAUUUCCCCGGAAACGAAGGACUGAUGGAACCGAAAUACGUGCUGCCUUUCUUUAUACACAAAGUACUACCAAAACUGAAAGUCAUCAUCAUGCUACGAGACCCAGUGGAAAGAGCGUUCUCGGACUACCUGUAUGAGGCCCCUGUCGCUAACUAUCUUAUCUCCCUGGAAGAUUUCCACCAAGCCGUCCACAGAGCCAUCAGCAACUACAAAAAAUGCCAGACACAAUACUCCAUCCGCGCAUGUGCGUACAACGCUUCCCUUGAAUACUACAAGGGCAGACUGCGAGUAGGGAUGUACCAUAUAUUUCUCAAGGACUGGUUCCAGAUCUACCCUGCCAAUCAAAUCCUCGUGAUCAAUUUCGAUGAUUACAUCAAUCACAGAGAAGAUGUUUUGAACAGGGUGGCUCGAUUUCUAGACCUGAGUGAUUUGACGGAGGCGGAGAGCAAGUUGUUUAUUGCGGACCACAACAAGAAGAACAUGCGAAGUAACCAGACCCAGGCCCUGGGGGACAUGCUGCCGGAGACCAGGGACAUGCUACGUCAGUUCUACCGACCCUUCAAUGUCAACCUGUCCCAGCUUCUCCACUCCGACCAGUAUUUGUGGUCAAACUGAUUGUUAUAGAAAUCGAUAUCAAACUACAUGUAUUACUAUAAUACCCCGAGGUUUAUCUGUUUGUGUUCUGUUUAUGUAUUUUAUUGGAAACAAGGAAUCAUGCAAUAAAAUCAAAAUGUAUGACUUCAGGAAUAAAAGUGAAACUUAUAUAUGAUGCACAUGUAUGAAUGAUAUUUAUGUAACAGUAUACGGAGUAAAACACGAGAAUGGAAUAAAGAUUUUAAAGUCCAAAUCAUUGCUUUAAU